ACACCUGUGCUCUGACUUCCAGGAUCACUUCUGGAGUUAAAAGAAGUCGUGGGGGCUGACCGGAGGUGGCCGUGGGGUGUUCUGCAGACAGGAUGAAGCACUUGCUGCUCCUGGCUUUGAUUCCACUCACUCGAGGUCUGCCCUGCUCCGGAACUUCCUGCAAGAAUGGAGGGACCUGUUUGAAUCAUUCUAAUGGGACUUUCACCUGCCAGUGCCUUCCUGGCUAUGAGGGAGACCUGUGCCAAUUCGUGGACCCCUGCACCCUUGGGCCCUGCCAGAAUGGGGGUACCUGCUCCCUCCAGAUUGUCCGCCCCACAAGCCCUCCUGCCUUCACUUGUGUGUGCCCUCCUGGUUUCACUGGGGAGCAAUGCCAAGGCAUGGUGGGAGAUCCCUGCUUCCCUUCGCCCUGCCAACACGGAGGAGCGUGCCAGCGACUCUCUGGGAACCAGUACCAGUGCCAGUGCAUGUCAGGAUGGACAGGAAAGAACUGCCAGCUCAUGGACUUCUGCCCAGCAAAUCCUUGUGCUAACGGCGGAACUUGCGUCAUUACCUACCCAGUCAUCGUCUGCCAGUGUCGACCCGGGUUCGAUGGGCACACCUGUCAGCAGGACAUCAAUGAGUGUUUCGCAGACCCCAAGCCCUGCCUCAACGGGGGCACCUGCAUCAAUAACAUCGGCUCGUUCCGUUGCAUCUGCCCACCCAGCAGCGCAGGCCUACUCUGCCAGAACCGCCUGGGACCGUGCACCCCCGGCGUGUGCCUCAACGGAGGGACUUGCCACCAUGUGGACGAGCGAUACCACGGCUGCUUGUGCCCCCCAGGCUACACAGGUCAACACUGCGAGGUGAACCCAGACGACUGCGAGGGAAAUCAGUGCCGCAAUGGGGCAACCUGCCAGGAUGGAAUGGGAUCAUAUACCUGCCACUGCCUCCCCGGCUGGACAGGGCUCUUUUGCCACCUGCACGACGCCUGCCUCAGCAACCCGUGCCAUCCCGACGCACACUGCGACACUGACCUCCGCACCGGCGACGCCGUCUGCACGUGCCAGCAAGGUUACGCUGGGCCCCUGUGCUAUGAAGACAUCAACGAGUGCCAGAUGGGCGCAGACCCCUGUGAACACGGCGGGAGCUGUCACAACACACCUGGCUCCUUCACCUGCCGCUGCCCCGAGGGCUACACGGGCUCCCGCUGCGAGUCGAACCUCAACGAAUGCUUGAGCCGGCCUUGCCAGAACGGAGCCUCCUGCCUCGAUUUGCUGGGACAGUUCCAGUGCCUCUGCCCCUCCGGGUUUGGUGGGCCACUGUGCGAACUGGAAGAGUGCACUUGGGAUCGGUGCCUUAACGGGGGAACCUGCCUCUCCCAGAGUCACGGAGUCGCCUGCCAGUGUGCCCCAGGAUUUGCAGGACCCCGCUGCAAGCGAGAGGUGGAUAGCUGUAUCAGCAGUCCCUGCAGAAAUGGGGCCCAGUGCCAGAAUUCAGCAGGCGCUUUCCACUGCAUCUGCCCCCAAGGUUUUGAGGGAUUCCAGUGCGAGAGAGAGGCCGAUUUAUGCCACAGCGCCCCCUGUGGGCAUGGAACCUGCAUACAUGCCCCAGGCUCCUUCACAUGCGUCUGCUCUCCAGGCUACACCGGACCUUUCUGCACAGAGCUCAGUGACCCCUGCUGGAAUUGGCAGUGCCUCAACGGGGGCAGCUGCCAAGGAGCAGAAUCUGGGCCUCACUGUGUUUGUCUGCCUGGUUGGACAGGCUGGGACUGUGGCACUGAGAUAGACGCCUGCAAUUCCAGCCCCUGCCACCAGGGGGCCACAUGCCUGACCCUCCAAGGUGCCUUCACUUGCACCUGCCCCAGCGGCUAUGCAGGUGCAACUUGCAGUGAAGAUAUAGAUGAAUGCAGGUCAGGCCCGUGCCUCAAUUCUGGAACCUGCCUUAACAGUCCUGGAACUUUCCGGUGCCUCUGCCCCAAGGGUUACACAGGGUCAAAAUGUCAUGUCAUCCUGGACCUUUGCGCAGUCUACCGCUGUGGAAAUGGAGGCCGCUGUGUCAUGAAGGAGUUUGUACCCCACUGUCUGUGUCCCCCAGGCUGGGGUGGCUCACAGUGCCAAGAGAAGACCGUGCAAAAUGGAGACAACUGCACGGAUCUGGCAGGAGGGCCCAGCUGCCAGUGCCUGCCUAAGGAGAUGUGUCCAAAUGGAGGAACUUGCACCAAGACAUCAGGCGGAUUCCGCUGUGUGUGCCCCCCAGGGACCACAGGUCCCAAAUGUGAUGUGGACCCCUGUUCCCUUCCUGGCCCCCAGUGCUACUAUGGGGGGACUUGUGUGGCUCAGCCCGAUGGAUUCUCUUGCAUCUGCCCCCCUGGGUAUGUCGGUGAGCGGUGCCAGGGGGUGGUGGACGCCUGCUUCUCCCAGCCUUGCCAUCUACUUGGGACCCAGGAGUGCCAGACCCAUGAGCACGGCUUCCGGUGUUCGUGCUUGCCAGGAUACACAGGGCUUCUGUGUGAAUCUGUGAUUGACAGUUGUCAAUCGAAUCCCUGCCUCAAUGGGGGAAGCUGCGGCAUGGUGCCUAGCAAGCCGCUGGAAUUCACCUGCCACUGUCCUCAGGGUUAUGAUGGCGCGACCUGUGACCUGCCCCUGCCUCCCUGCGGGUCCUUCUACUGCCACAACGGAGGGGUCUGCAUCACCCACGCCUCCGGCCCUCAGUGCUUCUGCGUGGCAGGGUUUUCCGGGCCGGAAUGCCUCCGUCCACUGUGCUCUCCGGGUCCCUGCCCUGCUGCCAAUGAUACUGCGCUCCUGGAUUGCCAGCGGGUGGCAGGGGACACGCACUGCGACCGAGCCUGCAGCUCGCCCGAGACCCACUGGGACGGGGCUGACUGUUCCCUGGGGCUGCCGAACCCUUGGAAGAACUGCCCGAAGCAGGAGCUGUGCCGAGGGGCUUUCCGGGAUGGGCGCUGCCAGCCCCACUGCAACAGCGAGGAGUGCCUGUUCGACGGACUGGACUGUGCCCAGCAGAAGGAGUGCAACCCUUCGUAUGCACCCUAUUGCUGGGACCGCUUCGCUGACGGACACUGUGACGCGGGCUGCAACGUCCCCUCCUGCGGCUGGGAUGGGGGGGACUGCUUGUCUGAUCCUGUCCCCCGGGGAGACUCCGCAAUGGGCUUGGCCGUCCUGCUGCCCCAGGAAGCUCUGCUUCGGUUCCUGCGCUCCCUGGCCACUGCUGUGCAGGCGGCGCUUCAGAUCCAGCGAGACUCCCAGGGCAAAAAGAGGAUCUAUUCCUACAGUGGAAAGGAAAAGUUUGGGAGCGGGAGCAACUGGACGGGAGCUCAGUUAAAGGCUUCUGCAGAGACCAUUGGGUGGACCAUCUUCCUGAUCGUGGAUGGGAAGAAGUGCUCCAGGCUGUGUCCCACAUCCUCCAAAUCUGUGCUGAAUUUCUUGGGUGCCCUAUCCGCCAAAGAAACCCUUGAAUCCCUGAUCCCAUACCCAAUAGUAGCUGCCUGGCUUGAACCAAUAGAUAACGAUCCCGAGGCCUCUGUUUCCCAUUUUUCUGGGCCCCUCAUUUACAGUGUGGGAGCCGGAGCUGUGAUAAUAGCCGUGCUGAUCUUUUUCGGGCUGUGGAGGAUCCGCCGGCCCCAGCACCGUGAACACGGGUCCCUCUGGUUCCCACCUGGAUUUGCUCCGCACCAAGGCAAGAAACGUCGCUGCCGGAGGGAACCUGUGGGGGAAGAUGCGAUUGGACUAAAGCCAAUGAAGCCAGGUGCUGAAUUUGUGGAAGACUUGGAUAUGUGUGCCAGCCCCCACUUUGAUGGACCCCUGAACACCAAAGAUAUGAAGGGAGACCCCGAUGCCAUCUCGGUACCAGAGCAAGACCAGUUUAAGCCAAAGCAGAAGGUUCAGUUCAGCCACCCAACCCAAGAGAAGGAUGCCAACCCAAAGGCAGCCAAAAAGCAAGAGCCAGUUUGUGGCUUGACACCACUGAUGCCUUUGGCCCAUUCUCCUGGGUUGGAAUCAGAAGAAUCCUGGACAGACCAGCCAAUGGGAAGCUCCGGGGAGACGCCGCUCCACUUAGCAGCCCGAUAUUCCCGUGCGGAUGCUGCCCGGCGACUCUUGGCAUCAGCUGCUGAUGUCAAUGCGCGUGACCAGUGGGGACGGACUCCCCUGCACACUGCCAUUGCAGCCGAUGCGCUGGGCGUUUUCCAGAUCCUUCUCCGGGACAGGCAGACGGACUUGGAUGCAUCAGCACACGAUGGCUGCACCCCACUAAUUCUUGCCACACGACUCGGGGUUGAAAACAUGGUGGAGGAGCUGGUGGGAAGCCAUGCGGAUAUCAGGGCUGUAGACAAGAGAGGGAAGAGCGCCCUCCACUGGGCUGCGGCGGUGAACAACAUCCGCGCCGCCCUCGUCCUGCUCAGAAACGGAGCCGACUGCGACGCGCAGGACAAUCGGGCACAGACGCCGUUGUUCCUGGCAGCCCAAGAGGGAAGUUACAAAGUGGCCUGCAUUCUCCUCCAACAUGGGGCCAAGCAGACCCUCCGUGACCACAUGGGCCGCCUCCCGAAGGACGUGGCCAAAGAGCGACUCCACCAUGACAUCCUGUCCCUCCUGGACCAUUCCUGCCCCUCCCGAGGGGCUGGCCACCCUUCACCACACAGGCCGCGGCCACAGGCCCAUCGGGCUGCUGCCGGCCUAGGCAGGUUGCCCUGGCAGCCCAGCAACCAGCCACGGCUAACUCCCGUCCCGGAGCAGGAAGGCCCUGCCAAUCACCCCUCUCCCAAGCUGCCUGCUGGCCCGUCAGGAGAUGUCGUGGGGCCCCCUGCUGACUGACUCCGCCCCCUCUGGGUGAGAAUUGGACAGAUGCCAGCCUGUGAGUCCAAGAUGGCGCCUGCAGCCAUGAAGUGGGGCAGCCUGCUGAGGUCGUGCGGGCCAGAACGGUGGUGCUGCGGGGAGUUGCCUGGAAGCUGACUGGAGGCGAGCAGUGCCUGCGAGCGGAUCCGGUGCUCUGCACGGAAGCAUGACGGUGCCCCACGUGGGAUGUCAGAGGUUGCCUGAGAGCAUGUCUGAGGUUGCUGUCACACAGCAGGAUGAUGACCUGGGUCAGCAGUGACUCUGCUUCACACAGCCUGAGGCCUACAGAGCCGCCUGCAUCAGGGCUUGUUACAAGCCGAAGGCCAAGGUUCUUCCAGCAGCGUGUCCUACUGACACUUUUCUGACUUGCAAUUCCCCUCUCUACACUGUUAUCAUUAGACUUGACUUUGCUUUUCUACUGGCGCCGUGUCAGACAGCAAGGGAGUCUAGGCCUAUCUAAGCUGAGCCUAAGCAAGCCAGGCCUAGGAAGUACGUACAUGCUGAAAGAGGCAGCCUGUUUUCAGUUUCCAGAACUGUGAAGGUUCCCUCCCUAUCAGUAAGUAUGGCUACAGUGCUCAAUGUGGCUCCUUUGAGGCUAAUCUUCCCCACCCACUGCCUCCUUGCCUGAGGCAGGGGGAAAGCGCAGG